AUGCCGUGUGUGCCCUUCGCCCUCCUCCUCCUGCCCGCGGUCGUGGCCCGUGCGCCCAACAUCCUCUUUGUGCUCGCCGACGACCUCGACUUUGACUACAAGCAAGAUCGCAAGGCCAUCAUGCCGCACCUGAGGGAGCGGCUCGCCGACGGCGGGCUCGAGUUUGUCAACCACGUGGCUGUCGUGCCGGUGUGCGGUCCCUCGCGCACAAGCCUCCUCGCCGGCCGCUACCCGCACAACGUGGGCUAUGUCGCCAACGCCCGGGCGCCGAGCGUGGCUGCCUGGUCAAAGCUGCAGAAUGACACGCUAGGGCGGUGGAUGCAGCGCGCUGGGUACCACACCGCAUUCCUCGGCAAGUACAUCAACGGCAUGGAGUGCGACGUCCCCGCAGGAUGGCACCACUGGGGUGGGCUCACCUGCACGCGCCUGCACGGCGAGAGGCUGGGCGGCACCUACAACUACUUGAAUGCGAGUCAGUGGCGAGCCAAUUUUGACGACGCCGGGAUGCUGCUCGGCGAGAAGCAGGUAAAGAUCUGGGGAAACGUGCACCAAACUGCCUACCUGGGCGAGCAGACCCUCGAGCAGGUGGAGAUUGCCGUCGCCAAAAGGCGGCCCUUCUUUGUUCACGUGACUCCGCUGACCGUUCACGGCGGCACGUGUGAGGGUCCCCAGCCGGAGGAAAAGUACGCCUUCUGGGACCCCUACUGGGAGCGCUACAACUACGACCCGACACCCGUUGGGCCAUAUGGGGAGGGCAAGGGGACGGUCCUCACCGGCAGCCCCUGCCCAACCCGCACGCACGCAUGGUCCUACAACGCGCUCCGGAAUCCGCACCUGCCGAGCUGGGCGGCCUUUGCAAACGGUACGGUGCCGAAGCACAUCGCGGCCGAAGGCAACCCCCACGGGCUGCACGCAAGGGGCUGUUGCGACGCCUGGGAGGCAGAUCGGCAAGACUUUGUCUACCGCAACAGAACCGCGGCGGCGCGUGACCUCGACGACAUGCUCGGCGUGAUCCUCAAAGGGCUGGACAAGAUGCGGCUGUCCGACUCGACAUUCGUCUUCUUCUCCUCGGACAACGGCUUCCACCUCGGCGAGCACCGCAUGCUCUUCGGAAAGACAAAGCCGUACGCCACCGACGUCAGGCUGCCAAUGUACGUCGCCGGCCCGGGUCUCCCGCGCGGCGAGACGCGGCCGCUACCCACCACACACCUCGACAUCACCGCCACCAUCGCCGAGCUGGGAGGCGCAGCCAAGCACGCGCCGCACCCUCUCGACGGCCUCUCGUUCAAAGCCGCGCUCGGCAGCGCGCCACCGGCGCUGUCUGAGUGGCGUGACUUCUCCUUCUCGGAGUUCUAUGUCAACGAUAAUACGUGGAGGAACAUCCGCCUGAUCGACCACGCGACGGGCCAGCCAGCGUGGGCCUUCCACUGGUGGUGUAGCAACCAGUCCGAGGUUUACCGCGAGGCCGACGACCCGUUCCAGAUGGCCAACGUCGGAGGCGACGAUCCGACGCCCUUUGGCCGCUCCAUCGUCCGCCGCUACCUGCCCGCGACGGAGGUGCUGGGCGCCUGCGUUGGCGGAGCGUGCAAUCGAAUGCCCCCAGCCGGCACGCCCUCCGCGAACCCACUCCCUUGCCACGACCCGGGUGAGCUACUCCAUGUAGAUGAGGCGUGGAUGGACUAG